AUGAAGUUCGUCAGUAGUCUUGUUCUUACUGCUGUAGCAGUCACGGCCGCAAACGCUACCAACUCAAACAACCUUCGCUCAGAGAAUUCCCACGCCUCAGAUCCUACCACUGAAGGUGACUUUGAUUGGCUAUUUGAAAGCCCUGCAGACGUCCCGGCCAGCAAGAAAAACUUUGGCGAAAGCGACGUCAAGAGUUUCGAUGCUGGCUCGAGUGUCAACGAUAUGGCCUGGCUCUUUGGUGACACUCACGUGGACAUCCUUGCUGAUAUGAAAGACAAGAGUAAUCCUGAGUCGGACGAAAUUGAAAGGAAGAGAACCGUGAGUGAUCCAAUGUUUGAAAACAUGGAUCAAAUUUUGCUGGCAGAUACGAUGGACGCAACUGAUUCGAGCAUUAAACAAUUUCCUUUGGAAGACUUUCCACUGUUUGGCGACAAAAAGUCCGAGCCUAGUGACUCUCUGCUGACUGACGCCAACACUCUUCCUUCAUCCAAUGUCCUCAACCUAGAUCUAGAUCUAGCGAAGCUUAUGAAAUCACCCAUCGCAUCGGAUAAUGAUGGCAUAUAUGCGGAGGGUAACAAAAUGGAGUCCCCGCCCGACAGCCAACACUUCCUAUUCUUGAAUGAUCCUACCGAAGAUCAGAUCAAAAAUCUUGAUUCAACCACAGGGGAGUCGAUUCACACCGAUGACGACUUCUUCUUGAGUACUGACUUCGGUAGCCGUUCUCCUAAGGCGACGAUCCCUACCAUGACAGAUGACACCUCGUUCACGUCCACUCCUACAACAGGGUUCGGCAAAUUUGGAAGCAUGAUCAACGACAUUAUUGGAGCAAUUACGACUGAGUUAUCUCUCUUGAGUAUGUAUGAAGCUUUGAACGGAUUGUUAAGCAAUUUGAUUGCUGAUAUCAGCAAGGGCACAUUUCAGCUGACAAAUGAUGCUAAAAGUCUGACCACAAAGUCAACAGAGAAGAAUCAAUUGAUUGACUUGACUUACGGGGACGAGCAGGAGAGCAUGAUUAAUAAAUUGCUUGACAUGAACGACCCGACCCCUGUCAAGAGCACUGGAUUGAAGAGAACAGUCCUAUUCGUUUCUGAGUCCGCUCUUCGAUUUGACGAUCCACUUCAAAUUAAGUCUGAUUCAAUUGAGGAAAGCCCACUGCAAGUCGAGAGAGCUUAA